AUGGUUUUAUUAAAAGUGUAUAUUGUGCUAGUUGGAUUAUGUUUAAUGGCAAAACCACAAAUAAAUUUUUUUCCAAACUUACCUUUGGGAGAGUAUAGGAUUAUAUUUUUAGCAAUAUAUCCUUGUGAAUCUACAAAAGAUCAAAUUCUUGGAUGGAAUUUAUAUUUUAGUAAAAAGUCACAAAACACAACUGAAAUGAAAGGAAAUUUAACAUUCAAAGAAUCUUUUGAUGAUUCUUCUAAACUAGAUAUUAACCUGUCAUCCUGGAGCUUAAUUGGUGGUUGGAAAAAAAAUUCAUACGUAUAUUUAACUGAUAAUGCAUGUAGCAAGUUGAAAUAUGUGAUGGGAAAUGUUUGGUUUUCAGCCACGAGUAGUUUCAAUAUUUCCAAUCACUGUCCAUUACCUCGGGGCACAUAUACAACAAAAGGGCUCGACAUAAAGUAUUUACAAGAUCAUAACUUUCCAAAAGUGUAUUAUUACGGAAAAUAUAAAGGCGUAAUAAGUAUAAAAAAUAAAAAGAAUAAACUACUUGGAUGCGUUGCGUUGGAAUUCAACCUAGUAAGACCAUGGGAGAUGUCAAAAUAUUGA